GCAAAGCGUUUGAUAAAAAGGUCUGUAAAGACUAAGGAGCGUAUUGCCCUGGCUGCUACCAUUAACGAGCUAGGGUUCGAAGUGAUGCCUUGUUCUUUUUGUUUUUCUUGCGGCCUCUACUGCCAUAUAAUAGAGAGUUCUUCUUGUUACGGCGAAUGUGUUCGUCGUGGGAGGUCGUAUAACGGUUCUAGGGUUCUAGUCUUGUCUUAUUGUAGUCGAAUUAAAGCGCCUUAACCGAUUAGAAUAAGAUGCUAAGGAGGCUCUCCGUGCCGACCGCGAUUCGUUAGUAAAAGUAUAGCAUCGUCUGGACGAGUCUCUAGCUUAUUUAGACUAUAUUCGUUGUCAAAAGCGAUCGUUAUUAUCUCAAGGGUCGGAGAUGGUUUGCCGGGGUCUUACGUCUUUAGAUAAAUUGGAGGAGGUGGAGCAGUAGGAAUCAGGGGCGGUUCUAGGUAUAUAGCUUAAUAGUGGCGUUGACGUUAUUAACUAGGGUGCUGUCUUCGAUUCUGUCCUAGUUUUACCUUUAGUCGAUCUAGGUUCUGCCGGUAGAACUAUUCUAGUUUCUUAGGGCAAUUUAGGUUCUUAACUAAUUCCUAUAAGUUAUCCUCUAGUCUAAAAUUGAGCUAUUUGAC